AUGGGGUUUGUGUCUUCACACAAAGCCACUCUCCGCAAACUCCGUCGAAUAUGGGCGACGAGGCUGAGAUUUCGCUGUGAAAUCCCAGGCCUCCAGACAGGGGUAGUCCCCGCUGCCCCGCAGCUUCCCGGGCCGGAGAAGGAGAAAACAAAAACCCGCGCACGCCGGCGAGCCCCGGCGCCUUUCCGCCAGAGCAGCGCUGCUGCGGAGCUGCCCCCCGGAGAGAGCUGCGAGGACAAGAGCCCCCCCGGGCCGGCCUCCAAGCGGGUGCGCACAGCCUACACCAGCGCGCAGCUGGUGGAGCUGGAGAAGGAGUUUCACUUCAACCGCUACCUGUGCCGGCCGCGCCGGGUGGAGAUGGCCAACCUGCUCAACCUGACCGAGCGGCAGAUCAAGAUCUGGUUCCAGAACCGCCGGAUGAAGUACAAAAAGGACCAGAAAGCCAAAGGCAUCAUGCACUCCCCCGUCGGACAGUCCCCGGACCGCAGCCCCCCCCUGAGCGGCCCGAACCACGUCGGCUACUCCAGCCAGCUCCCCAGCGUCAACAGCCUCAGCUACGACGCGCCCUCGCCCACCUCCUUCGCCAAAUCCCAGCAGAGCAUGUACGGGCUGGCCGCCUACACGGCGCCGCUGAGCAGCUGCCUGCCGCAGCAGAAGCGCUACGCGGGCGCGGAGUACGACCCCCACCCCAUGCAGAGCGGCGGCGGCGGCGGCUUCGCCAACCCCAGCCUGCAGGGCAGCCCCGUGUACGUGGGGGGCAACUUCGUGGACUCGAUGCCGGCCUCGGGCCCCAUGUUCAACCUGGGGCACCUGCAGCACCCCUCCUCCGCCAGCGUGGACUACAGCUGCGCCGCGCAGAUCCCCGGCGGCCACCACCACGGACCUUGCGACCCCCACCCCACCUACACGGACCUCUCCUCCCACCACACCUCUCAGGGACGGAUGCCGGAGGCGCCCAAGCUCACGCAUCUGUAG